AUGAGCAAACACAAGUUAGACGACUCUGCGGCGCUGGAGAAGCAGGAGCGCAAGAAGAGAAGAAAGGAACGCAAAGAAGCCUUGAAGUAUGAGGACAUCACUCCCUCCUCCACCGAUGCCACUGCCGCCUCAACGCCUGUGCCCGAACAAAGCAAGGACGAGAAUGAGAGCGAGCAGGACUACAAGCAACAUCCUUCUUUGACCGCCCUCCCACAGUCUGAUAUCGACGCCUUCCAUACCUCUCAGUCCGUCGAGAUCUCCGACCCUCAAUCCAGCGGUCUCCGCCCCAUUCUCUCUUUCAAGCAAUUGCCUACCGAACUCUCCGCUCAAUUCUCCUCCGCAUUCUCAAAGUUCACCGCACCCUCGUCGAUUCAGUCUUCGACCUGGCCCUUCCUUCUCUCCAGCCGUGAUGUUGUCGGCAUUGCCGAGACUGGCAGUGGCAAAACCAUAGCCUUUGGGCUCCCUCUCGUGGCACGCCUGCUAUCCCUUAAAAAACAAAAAGGCGUUCGCGCGGUCAUUAUUGCUCCCACGCGCGAACUUGCAAUUCAGGUUCACGAUCAGAUUGCCGACCUCUGUGCCUCUACUCCGUUGAAAAGCACCUGUAUCUACGGUGGCAGCAAUAAGGAUGACCAACGGCGAGCUCUCAAGCACGUAAACAUUGUUGUUGGCACACCCGGCCGAAUGAAAGACUUCAUGUCUGACGGAACACUCUCCGUAUCAAAGACCCGCUACUUGGUGCUCGACGAGGCCGAUCGUAUGUUGGACAAGGGUUUCGAAGACGACAUUCGGCAGAUCAUCUCCGAGAUGCCCAGCUCCUCGAAAAGGCAGACCGCCAUGUUUACUGCUACCUGGCCCAAGUCCAUCCGUGACUUAGCCGCCACAUUCAUGAACAGCCCAGUCAAAGUCACCAUCGGCCAUCCGCCCUCUGACACCGGUGACCUCCGUGCCAACACGCGCAUAAAGCAGACGGUCGAAGUUGUGCAACCCGACGCUAAGCAGCAACGCCUUCUCCAGCUCCUGAAGCAACACCUCGCCGGAGCCAAGAGCAAAGACCGCAUCCUCGUCUUCUGCCUCUACAAGAAGGAGGCUACUCGCAUCGAGUCCUUCAUCAAAUCCCGCGGCUACCCCGUGGCCGGCAUCCACGGCGACCUUGCGCAGUCCGCCCGUCUCGCCUCCCUCUCGGCCUUCAAAUCAGGCAAAACCAACAUUCUCGUCGCUACCGACGUCGCUGCCCGUGGCCUCGACAUUCCGGAGGUCAAACUCGUCAUCAACGUCACUUUCCCACUCACCGCCGAGGACUAUGUGCACCGCAUCGGCCGCACAGGCCGUGCCGGCAAGGAAGGCUUGGCCAUCACACUCUUCACAGAGCAUGACAAGGCACUUGCCGGAGCGCUGGUGAAUGUGCUAAAGGGCGCGAAUCAGCCGGUGCCCCAGGAGUUGCUCAAGUUCGGUACGACCGUGAAGAAGAAGACGCACGAAGCGUACGGCGCCUUCGGUCCCAAGGAAGGCAUGGAGGGUAAGAAGGCGACGAAGGUCACGUUUGACGACUGA